UUCGCGGACUGCCAACCAUCCCCCGCCUCCUCCCUUCUUAAGCUUCCCUUGAUCUCUUCCCACAUCCAAACCUUUAACCCCGCCCCGAUCUGUUCCUAACGACUGCUAAAGACGAUGAUGGAGAAGGAAGAAGAAGUGGAUGGCAAUCAGAGAGCCGGACAAGAAGGCACGAUGGAUCUGCCAUUGCCGGAUCCGGGGCCGGUGAAGGAGGACGUGCUGUCGUUUAGCUGCGACCAGUGCGACAAGGAGACGGUGCACAAGAUCGCGCAGCUCUUGAACCCGGGGCUGGCCGGGGCCUGCGUCGACAACACCACCGGCCUCUUCCGGGGGCCGGCCACGGUGGCGGUCCUCAUCAGGAAGGAGAUGGUGGACUACAUCACGCCGAGGAGCGAGACGUUCGUGGCGGAGACCAUGGCGCAGGGCGACGGCAACGCAGACCCGGCGGAGGAGGCCUCCGACGACCCUGCCGACAUCGUGUCCGACAUCGUCGACGAGUUCGCCCGCUCGAAGCGGAACUUCUUCAGCCGGGUGUCGGCGUGGAUCCUGAGCGACAGCCGGGAGGACAAGAUCGACGACUUCGUGCAGGAGAUGGAGACGAACGCGUUCUGGCCGAUGGACCGACGGGAGGUCAUCGCCGAGACGCUGCUCAGGAACGUCGACUUCAAGAACGCCUACCACUGCUCCAUGAAGUUCGAGUCGGAGCAGCAGUUGGCGGAGCACAGAGACAGCUGCGGCUUCCGGAUCGCGGAGUGCACCAACGAUGGGUGCCGCGUCAAGUUCUCCGCCGCCCACCGGGAGAAGCACGACGCGGAGUGCCCCUUCAAGAUCCUCCCCUGCGAGCAGAAGUGCCCGGAGAGCAUCAUGCGGCGGGAGAUGGACCGGCACUGCAUCACCGUCUGCCCCAUGAAGCUGAUGAACUGCCCCUUCUACCAGAUCGGAUGCCAGUCCGCGUUCCCGCAGUGCACGCUGGAGAAGCACUGCGAGGAGUUCCUCCACUCCCACCUGCUCUACGUUCUGCAGGUGAUCCACAAGCAGGAGGCGUCGGAGGAGGAGAUGGAGCAGCGAGCGCAGCUCCUGGAAAAGUCAGAGUGUCAAAAAGAACUAUGUGAAGCAUUGGAUGUGAGAUCUCUUACCAUGGCAGUCAAGGAGCAGGAAGCAAAGAUGAAGAAACUUGAACGUGAUCUCAGCAUUGCUAGCUAGAAUCUGAGAUGUCUACACCUGUGAACAACAAAAGGAUUCGGUUUCUUUUGUCUUUGGGAAUAAUCCAAUUUCCAAUCUUUAUUCUUUUGUAGAUUUGAUGAUGCUCGGAAGGCAAUCCCCACAAGAGUUUUCUUUCUUUCUUCUUUCUUUUUCUCUUCUUAUCAAUAAAUCACUUCUUGAUCUUCUACCGACAUUGAGACAUUGUUGAGCAUCCUUGAACACCGAGAUUGUUCAUUUAU